GAUCCAGAAUCAGAACCCAACGGCGCCGUUUCAUGUAGAUUCUCAUUAAAUACAUCUGGAUUUUUACAGUUUCGCAGCUUCAACAACGUCACGUUGCUGAAUACAGAAACGCCUCCUAGUGGUUUCCAGCUUUACAAACAUGGAACAUGAAGAAAAGUCCCUUCCAGACACAAUCAACCACAAUAAUUUCCCAGCCAAGCUCUGGGUGAUGGCGAACGAUCCGACAAACGGAGCCGUUUCCUGGAGCUCAUCCGGCGAGGGGCUUGUGAUCGACCAGUCGCUCUUCGAGAGCCAGAUCCUGUCCCCUCACAACACCUUCAAGACCGUCAACUUCACAAGCAUCGUCCGGCAGCUCAACCUGUACGGGUUUAAGAAAAAGGACAUGCCGACAGUCACAAACGACUCCACGUCCACUCAUUUUUAUGACAACCCGAACUUUAAGCGGGGCCACCCCGAACUUUUGGUGAAUCUCAAGAGGCUCACAGUCAGCAAUAAAGCCAGGCUUGAAGCCGGUCUGGAGGUGAAUGUUCGAUUAGGCAGAGAAGGCAUGGGGGGAUUUCUCAAAAGAAAGAUUUCGUCAACUCCUUCACCUCUUCCCAGUAAAAACCAGGCCACGAAUGCUCAGAGAGGAACCCCUGUCCCACCUCGGUACCUGAUGAGGGGGGACAUUGGAGCCAGUUCCUGGGCGUUUGUUCCAUCCCAGCCCAUACCACUGUCUCAGAGCCCUUUGUGCCCCAUGCACAGUCACCCGAUUUUACCAACUCAGAUAAAAAAUGGAAACCCACAUUUCUUUAGGGGCGCUCCUUGGCAUGCCCACUAUCGGCCUGGCUGCAAUCCUUCGGUUUGCCAUAGCCACCAUUCACAUAUGGUUUCACCAAAUGGACCUGAACUGCCGACGCUGUUGUCUCCACAAAGUAACUAUCGGGUUGGAUAUCAAGUGAACAUCCUUGACUUUGGCCAGGAUUCCCAGCAUAACAAAAACCAGGAUGUGAAAAAAACUUUUAACUUCGAGGCAAUUUUCCAGAGAGCUGAUGAGUUCAUGCCGACUUCGCCCAGCACUGUUGCAGUUAAAGUUGAGUCCACUGCUGAGGUUUCGGUCUCUGACGUGCCACGGGAAAACAAUUCCAGCUCUGCUACAGCAAAUGCACCUGCACCCAACAUUCUUCCUCUGCAGAAUAAGUUGGUCACUUCAGUGCCUGAACUGAUGCUUGGAGAUCACUUAGUUGAGGAUGCAGAGAUCAUUUGUGUUGACCUUCCUGAAACUUCUGGAGAUUUCACUCCAGAGUAAAACAGCAGGAAAUGACAGCCUUUAGGAAGUUAUUAUUCUCUCCCUUCUGUCAACUCACCUAUCAGAGGACUUCAGUCUUCAUUUUGAUUAUUUGUUUAGUGAAGGUUCACUGCUUUAUUAUAAAUCUGUUUUGUUUGUAGCAGAGUCGUUUCAUUUACCUGUGCUGUCAGACAGUUAUGGCAGGCCUUACUUUUAAUGAAAAUUUUUAAAAUUUGAAUGACAGUAAUCUGCUUUUUUAUAUAUGAUACUGAAUGAACUGAGCCACUUUUAAAUGCAUAUAACAUAUUUUACUUGUUCAUCUUCGUUCACAUGAGCUUGCAAUGUUUUUAGAAAUGUGUAAUUUACAAUGAAACAAAAAAUGUGAUAUUAAUGUGGAUAUUUUUGACAGUUUUAUGAAAAUUAGAAAAGAAAUAAUUUUUUUGCAGCAGUUGUUAACAAAGGAGAAAAUGUGACAUUUUAAAUUUUUAGUAAAAAUAUUACUGUGGCAGUUCAGACAUCUUUUAUUGCGUAUUUAGUCUUGUGAAUGAUUUUUUUAAAUAUGUAACUGAUUUUUAAUUGCUGCUUGUAAAAAAAUGGAAUUUUAAUUAUAAUAAAUUGAAGUGGUUAUGUUA